UAGUGCGCGCCAUUUUUUUCAUUGCUCUCACUCACUAAAUAACCUAAACUCACAACACAACAUCAUUAGAUUAGGGUUUCCUCUCUUCAGCUUCAACGCCAAGAACCGCACGCACCAACCUUCACUUCUCAGUAACGUAAUGGUCAAGAGCCAAAGAAUCGAUUCUUUUUUCAAAAGGACAGUUGCUCAAAAAGAUGACAAUGUUAUUCACGCGGAAAACUCGGAUCAAAUUCGGAAGAAUCGACUAUGUUUAGAGACUUCAAUUGACAUUACUCGUUUUUUAACAAUUCAAGAUUGGGCUUUUUGUGGUGAAGGCGAAACCAGCGAAGAAAGAAACCAAGAUGCUUUUCUUUCACUGUUAAAACUCACAGCAUCGGGUGAUGAUGAAUUAGCUAAAGUUGUAUCGGAAAAUUCCCCGUAUCUUUCCAAGUGUACGUCAUUUCAGUUUCAAAAAGAGGUUUUGCGUAUUCUUUCUGGUAAAGUGAAAAAGUAUAUCCGUGAAGAAAUUGGUGAUUCUAAAUUUUGUGUAGUUCUUGAUGGAGUUUGUGAUAAAUCGUAUGAUGAACAAAUGGCUAUUGUUUUGAGAUUUGUUGACAAAGAUGGGUUUAUACAAGAACGGUUUUUUGAUAUUGUGUGUGUUGAAGACUUUAACCCGUUAGCGCUUAAGAAAAAAGUUUGUGAUGUACUUUCUCGGCACAAUCUUGAUGUUUCUAACGUUCGUGGUCAAGGGUAUGAUGGGACUAGCGAUAUGAGAGAACAAUGGAAUGAUUUACAAGCAUUGUUUUUGAAUGAAUGUCCUUAUGCAUACUACAUUCAUUGUUUUGCUCAUAAGUUGGAACUUGCCUUGGUUGGUGCAUCAACAGAAGUUAGGCCGAUUCAACAAUUCUAUUCGCAGUUGACUCGUAUUGUCAAAUUUUUCUGUACUUGUCGUAAGCCCCAUGAUGAGUUACUAGCUGCCGAGUUAGAUGGAAUUGCACAUUUGCUAGAGAUCAACGAGCUUGAAACUGGUGAAGGGGAAGACCAACGAGUUGGUGAUACUCGUUCGAGGUCAUUUUUUUCUCCUAUUUGUAGUUUGAUAAACAUGUAUGAUGCAACUUGUUGUGUUUUAGAAAAACUUACUGAUGAUGGUUCAAAUUAUUGUCAACGUGGGGAUGCUCAUAUUGCUUACUGUUACUUCACCACAUUUGAGUUUGUAUUGAUCUUGCAUAUGAUGAAAGAUAUCAUGGGGAUAACCGUUGAUCUUUGCGAAGCUUUACAACAGCAAUCUCUGGAUUUAGUUAAUGUCAAACAUUUAGUUUGUUCUACCAAAGCACUGCUUAACAACAUCGGACAAGAUGAUUGGGAUAAGUUGUUAAAAAAGGUAACAUCUUUUUGUGAAAAAAAUGACGUUACGGUUCCUCAGCUCAAUGCUCCAUAUGUAGAAAGACCACGGCGUUCUUCUCGCCAACAGGAGGAUCACAUCACAUUAGAGCAUUAUUAUAGGGACAAAGUGUUUUUUAUUGUCAUUGGCAAACAAAUACAAGAGUUGAAUAGUAGGUUUAGUGAACAAGCAAUGGAAGUGUUGACUCUAAGCUCUGGUUUGGUUCCUAAGGGUACUUACGAUGCUUGUAGCAUUGAUAAUAUUUGUAUUCUCGUAGAAAAAUAUUAUCCCAUGGAUUUUAAUUGUCAGGAGAAGAUUGAUUUGCGAUCUCAACUUCAGCAUUUCACUAUGCUUGCUUGUCAAGAAUCGACUUUGAAGAGUUUAUUAACUAUACAAGAAUUGUGUGCAUAUUUGGUAGCAAGGAAUAAGUCAGAAUUGUUCUACUUGGUUGAAAGACUAUUCCGUCUUGUCAUGACUCUUCCGGUUUUUACGCCUACAACUGAAAGAUCUUCCUCAGCAAUGAAAAUUUUCAAGUCUAUGUUGAAAAACAUGAUGGAAGAUGAGUUUCUAGCAGAUAGCAUGAUAAUUUACAUUGAAAGGGAGAUUGCUAAAAGUUUUAGUUGUGAUUCAAUUAUUAAUGAUCUCGAGUCACUUGAAGAGCGCAGCAACUGACAGUUGUGUAGCUCUGUGAAUCAUUGUAUUAACAAACCACUAGGUACUUCUAAAAGGAAAGAUAGACUUUUCUGAAUUUGGAAUCCUGACAAAAUUAUUCUUGAAGAUUCUGUUUCCAAGUCUGAGGAAUCCAGACAAAAUGAUCAGGAUUUAAGAUCUCAAUAGCUUCCAGUAUCUAUUUUCUUUAUUAAAACUCUUUUCAUUAUUACUUUUCUAGAGAUACAAGAAACUGUGUUUUUGUUUACUAACAUAUAUUUCUGUUUUAGAAAGAAAAGUUUAAUGGUGUUAGUUUAAUGGAUCUUUCAAGGCUGUUAAGUGAAGUAGAUCAUUAGUAAAAUGAAAACUCGUCAUUUUGUACUUCAUAGUCUGCAUAACAAUGUAUUAUCAUCAAAUGGUAGAAUGUAUGCAAUCACUAUCGUUCGUUACUAUUAGAAAUUAUAUUCUAAUGAGAUACUGUUAAGGGAGUUACUAUUAUAAAUUAUAUUCUAAUGAGGUACUGUUAGGGAUGUUUAUUGUUAUAUGGUUUUGAAAAAAUU